ACGCUUGAGGAAGUAUUUGCAAUAGCGAAGCCCGAUUUUGAUGCCCCGAACUGUGCUGGUCACAGCCUCAGGAGCCUUCUCUCCACAGUCUCUGGAAAUAAGAUGUCCAAGCGUACAGUGAACCUACUACUCUCUUCAUACCCGACGUCAAAGAAUAUUACUGUGGAUUUCCAGAUCAAGAUGAAGAACUUACUUUCCAAGACGGACUAUGAUUGGUCAAUGCUGGCCGAAUGGCUGGCUAUUGAGAAUCGAUCGGUCUGGAUUGACCACCAAGGCAACACAGCAUUGACAGCCUUGCUAAAGUGUUGGAGCUCUGAUCAAGACGAGCUUUUACUUGAAGAUAUCAUCAAAGGGAUGGUCCGAAUGGGAGCGCAAAUUCACAUGCGUGAUCGGAAAGGAGAGACUGCUCUAGCCAUUGCAGCUCGGCGAGGAUUGCGACCCGCAGUCACAACCCUGAUUGCGUCGGGUGCUUCGAUCCACUCCACCACCCUCCGCGGCGUGAGCAUCUUGAAAAACGCCCGAAAGAGUUUGAGUCAAGCGAAGCGUGACGGCGAUGACAAGCUUUACGCGAGGAUUUGGAGUUGCAUUGUGUACCUGGUGGACCUUAAAGCUUGUGAAUUCCCUUCUGAGCGUCGAGAGCGUUGGGCGGCGUGGGCGCCUGAUUCUCAUUUCGGCUGGGAGGGAAAAGGAGAGAAGGAAACGACUAUUCAUCAAGCACUCGUUGAAGGAGGUUUCCUUUAAAUCUAAACCAGUAUCGUUUGACAGCGUUGUGGAUUAUGUGGUCCAGAUUGGGGACACUGGUGGGACUUCCUUGAAGCAUAUUUCUGCUCCUUUCAGAGUCGGUUGCGCAGUCUCCUUUUGUAUUUGCUAAAUCUUUGCUUCUAUACGUCUUGCCAUCUCCCCCUCCCAAAAAAGAAGUCGACACAUAAAUUCUCUCAUCAGGUUUCCUGUCUUCGUAUCCUUCAUGCAGUUAUUGAGGAGAAUCCUGAACGCAGACAUGGGGACUGGAGUCCCUUAGAAUUGAAUAAAUAAAUUCAAGACACUUCCGAGUUGAAAUCUUCAAUAUUUCAGGAUGCAUGG